UAGGCCAGGCCCACCUGCGCCCACCCGCCCCCACCUGCCGGAGCUGCCGCUGUGCUGCGUCUUCAAGGCCAGACUGCCUCCUUGUCAGGGUUUGACGCCCCAGGUCGACCUGCUUGUUGAGGGCUCACGUGCUGUCGCCUUGGGUCUUAUGGAAUGCUCCUGAGGGCACCUUGUGUCUUUGGGUCUCCUUCUGUCUCCUGUUUUGGAAGGUGGAGUGGACUCUGGACAACGGUUUAAGUUCUCUGAGGAUCUGAUCCACUGCUGAAGAGCCCAUCAGACCAGGAUGGGAAACCACGUGGGGAAGCGAGAGUUAAGUGCUGAGAAGGGCAGUAAGAUUGGUGAAACUAACAGAAGAGAAUCUGAAGUGAAGAGGAACCUCGGUGAGCUUUCGGAAGACAAUGACGUGUUUGGAGAGGCAGAUGCGAACCAGAACAAUGGGACCUCGUCUGAGGACACGGCGGUGACAGACUCCAAGCGCACAGCGGACCCAAAGAAUGCCUGGCAGGACGCCCACCCAGCUGACCCAAGGAGCCGCCCCCACUUGAUCCGCCUCUUUUCCCGAGAUGCCCCGGGGAGGGAGGACAACACCUUCAAAGACAGGCCCUCAGAGUCCGACGAGCUCCAGACCAUCCAAGAAGACACUGCAGCAGCUUCCGAGGGCCUGGAUGUGAUGGCGUCACAGAAGAGACCCUCCCAGAGGCACGGAUCCAAGUACCUGGCCACAGCAAGUACCAUGGACCAUGCCAGGCAUGGCUUCCUCCCAAGGCACAGAGACACAGGCAUCCUUGACUCCAUCGGGCGCUUCUUUAGCAGUGACAGGGCUGCGCCCAAGCGGGGCUCCAGCAAGGUACCCUGGCUAAAGCAGAGCAGGAGCCCUCUGCCCUCUCAUGCCCGCAGCCAGCCUGGGCUGUGCAACAUGUACAAGGACUCACACCAUGCAGCAAGAACAACCCACUACGGCUCCCUGCCCCAGAAGUCACAGCAUGGCCGGUCCCAAGACGAAAACCCUGUAGUCCACUUCUUCAAGAACAUUGUGACGCCUCGCACACCUCCUCCAUCUCAAGGAAAGGGAAGAGGAUUGUCCCUCAGCAGAUUCAGCUGGGGGGCCGAGGGGCAGAAACCAGGAUUUGGCUACGGAGGCAGAGCUUCCGACUAUAAGUCCAAGGGAUUCAAGGGGGCCCAUGAUGCCCAGGGCACGCUCUCCAAAAUCUUUAAACUGGGAGGAAGAGACAGCCGCUCUGGAUCUCCCAUGGCGAGACGCUGAACCCCUGCCUGAUCCUUACCGAGUCCUGUCCUCAGCUUCUUAAUCUAAUUGCCUUAAACUUUAAUUCCACCUGCAUCAAUUAGCUAGCUAGCGCAGAUCACCUGUCACCUAAUCCUGCUGCAUUGUGCACACAGUGGGCCAGGCACACAGCAACCUACGGCACUUCCAGCCAACAGUCAAAUAGAGAAGAUGAAGACAGAUCUGGUGAAAACUGUCUUUUCUGAUGAGGAUGGCGUUUCCCCCGGGCCCUCCCCGCCCAUUGCACACCAGGCCAUUCUCCGCAGGUCCCAGUGCACAGGCGCCCCUCCCAGUUCACCUCCCUCCAUCCUCGGACCUGUUUUCACCCUUAUGGGGCAUCCCCCGAGCUUUUGCCGACACUGCCAUUGAGAAACAGCACCGUGAAACCAGAGAACACGGGCGUGGGGCGACUGUUAUGAUCCAAGCUUCCUUUGUUUUCUUUCCCUGCCAUUCUCUCACCUAGAGCACAUUUUAUUUUUCCUAACAGGAUUAGACAGUCAAGGAGUGGCUUCGACACAAGGGAGCUUCGGUAUGUGGACGCGGGCUGGGCAGCUGUGAGAGUCCAGUGUGGGGCAGCGCAGAGGGGGCCCGGGCCGACUGCCCCACACCCCACCAGCUGAACUCGAGCGUGGCAGAGGGAGGGAAAGGAGGCAGAUGGGCUGGGCGAUGGCCCCAAAUGGGAAACGGGACUGUGGGAGAUUAGAUGCUGAAGAUGCGGCUCGUGUGGCCUCCGGAUGGCACUGUCGCUCUGCACAGCAGCCACCUCGACAGCCACAAUCAAGAACCCCGUUUCCCCACCAGAGCCCAGGCGGAGAGUCCAGGGAGAUGGUGCAUCUCAGAGUGGGACUGCAGGAGUUCUCUGAGUGUCCUCAUGGUGUCCUUGGUCACUUCUUGAUGUUGAGUGUGACCACCAUGCGUAGCUCACAAUGGCAGUGUUCACCGGCACACACUAACGAGCAAUGAAAAGAUAGCUUCCUGUCCUAUAAGUGACCUUCCUUAGCGAGUGACCUUGGAGAGUGCCCCUCCUCGAAUCACUAACAGAGACACAGGGCUGCGAGAAGCCUCUGCAUCGACCCUCUUCUAACUUCUGCUGACUCCCGGUGUCUCCUGCUAACCCACUGACUCCUGCCUUUUGAUUUAGCUCAUCUUCAGAAACCUUCCUGAGACUCCCACACUGCACCAUUCUCCCUUAGAACCAAGGUGAGGAGUAAAUAGUCUACAUAAUGUCAGAAUACAUCUUUUAAUCCCGUUCUAAUUCCAAAUGUUUAGUGUGGGUUUAAAGUAAUACCUAUUAAUAUAUUAGAAGAAGGGAACAAAAUUCUGGAAAUAAACCCUCCAAAUUUUCGAAUGAGCACUCGCCCUCUACACUGAUAUCGGCUGAGUGAACUCACCUGUGGCUACGUCCGGGCAGCAGGGGCUGCAAAACGGGGCCAUGGGCCCACAUACUGUUCGUCAAUAUUGAAAUGAAAUAAUAAACUUGCAAUACUCUCUGC